AUGCCCGGAUCGCGACCAACCACACCUAGUGGGGACAAUCGCCGCAUUAGCAGGAGACACCUGCGUCGCUCUUCAGGGUCCUUCCCUCCUCAAUCGCCUCAUCACUAUCCAAUAGAUGCCGACAAUUUACCAAUGGAUUCUCCCGAUAUUGUUGAAAAAUUCAGAGAUAUAGCUGACCAAAUGGAAGAUCUAGAUGUUAACAUGCGAGAUUUGAGUCACAUCCAUUCGGCAAUCUCUCUGCAGUUUAAUGAAUCGUUUGCUAGUUUUCUUUAUGGACUAUCGAUUACCAUGUGGUGUGUAGAUUUUCCUACGAUUCCCUCAAGGGCAGAAUGGGAGAGGAUAGAAAUGAAAGAGAAAAAAAGAGAAGAGCUUGUUUCUAUGAGGCAGAAGUUGGCAGAUGCCGAGAGAUUGAAUGGUGAGUUGAAAACUAGGUUGGCAGAGGAGAGUAGAUCGACACCAGGUGGAGCUGGAAUGGGCAUUGGUGCAAUAAGAGAAAAGAAGAAACGGCCAGUAGCACGCGCAAAUCAUACUCCUGAGCCAGACUAUCUAGGCAAAAGUGCCAAUUUCGCAAACAAUCGGAAAUCACGAAUUCCUCAACCAAUCAAUCGGCCAGUGACUGCUAGUACAGCCACCGUAUCCGUCAUACCCACCACAUCCACGCGUUCAAUGGGUAAAACCGGUCCGAACUUGAACCAACCUCCCAGGUAUAUGCAAGGACUUUUUGAAAAUAACCUAACAAAUUCCAGGGUGACCAAGACAGGGAUGACAGCAACACAAAAGAAACCAAUGAAAACAACUCAACGACCGCCAUUUAGAUGA